GUCAAAGUUUUGUUUUCAUAUUUAUUUCAGAUUUUUUAACAAUAUAUUCCUUGGAAUAAUUCGAGAAACUUUUACCGGCAUAAUAUUUAUAUAUUUUCCCGGCAUAAUGGAUGCCGCUAAUUUAUUGAGUGUAGACGUAGAUACUCUGUUCGAGCACCACAGUGUUCCAGAAAUUGAUAUCGUUCAUAAGAAAAUUCAAUCGGUUGUCGAAAACAAACGGGAGGAGCUACGCUUAAUGGUCGGCGAACGUUAUCGUGAUUUACUGCAGGCUGCAGACACUAUUGUGGCUAUGAAAGAUACCUCACAGAGACUCACAGAGCAAGUGGAUUCAAUUACCAUGAAGUGUCGUAAUCUUAACGAUCAGCAGUUAUUGGGAUUUAAGAUUAGCGAACCGGAAGAUUUACUUCGCAAUCGCAAUGCUAAUAAGCAACUAAAUAACUACUUUAGUACAAUGCUGCAGAUCAAGCUGUUGACAACUUUACCUGAAUUAAUUUGGACUCACAUUGAUAAUGACCGAUUUUAUAGCGCCAGUGAAUUGUUUAUAUUCAGCAGACAUGUCAGCACUGGCUUACAGUUAGAUGCGAGUAAUAUGUUAAUGCCACAUCUACCUGUUGCAAAAAAACAAUGGGAAAUUUUAAAGCCCUUCAACAUGACGAUAAAAAUGCAUGUACUGGCAACCUUAGAGAAGGAAGAUUUGAAUGUGAAUGUGGCCACAGAUUGUUUGCUUAGUUUGUUGAUACUGGAAAAAAAUUCAUUGAAUAGUGUUUUGAAAACGUUUCUGAAUUUACGGUGCAAAACUUUUUUAAAUUGCUUGAGCAAUGAUAAAAAACGGUCUAUUGAAGAGCGGGGACGAGUACAAAAUAUAAUAUUAGCGAGCUUACGCAUAUUAAACAACACAAUUGAUAUUAUAGAGAAAUGCUUUUUAGAAAAUGGUUUACUGUUGCAAAGACUACAAGAGCACAACGAUGUAAAUUCAUUGCCAAUAAUAACUUUAGUUGAGGAGGCGGAUAUAGUUCAUUCGUAUUUGCUACCGGAGAUCAUUUCGAAUUUCCGUGUUAGAAUCGAAACACAGUCUCUUGAUGAUACACAAGUCCGUGAAUCCCUUGAACAAUGGAUCAUUGAUAUAAGACGCAUUGCGGCAACGCAACUCAAGCAACUUUUUGAUUACGUCUCAACAAUGAGUGUAAUCAAAGAGAUAAAAACAGAAGCUAAUUCUUACAAAAAUUAUUUCAAAUUUGAUCAAGUCGUCAAAAGACUAAAACUCACGCAAACACUGGAUUUUUUCGAACAAAAAUAUAUACCACUUAUUAAUCAGCGCAUUCACGACAUUAUCCACGAUAAUUGGGCAAAAGCGAUGCAAACAACAUUUGAGUCAUUGGAACAAUCAUUAACAGAUAUAAAUUUGAGUUCAUUAGAUAUUUGGUAUGAAAAUAUUAAUGAUCUUCCAUCAAGUUUAGAAGUAGCUUUAAGUGAUGAUACUAAAAUUAAAAAAUUGCUAAUGAAAACAAAAGGAUAUGAUAACGACAUAAUAUCACUUUGCGCUGAAUUCGAUGAGAAAUUGAAAAGUAUUAUAUCUGAAAUGAACGUUCUUCUUGAAGAGCAAGCAACUCGUGCCGAAGACAAACUUUCAUUGAUUGUUUUUUUGAGAGAGACUUCUGAAGCACAACUAACACAUUUUCUAAGUCGCGUAAAAAGCCUUCACUUAGUUCCGACGCAGCGUAGUGAACUUUUAUUUGUAGCACGUUGCUUUGCAGCUCUCCUUGAACUCUGCCCCAAUUUGAAAACCUGCUUCUGUCAAAGAGGAAAUUGGCGUCAGUGGGUGGGAAAUGUUACCGCAAAUAGUAUUGAACAUUGGAAUCGAGUGUGUAUGUUAAUUGAAGAAGAAACAUUCAUUUUUUGGCAACAAAUUGUCCAAGGCAUUUUACAAGAGAGCAAUUGUGAAAAGAAUCUUCCAAGUUCUAUUACAAAUGAAAACAUUCUAGAAGAAUUUGCUAACUGGGAAACUGUUGAAAUUGAGCAAAAGGAUGAGUCAGAAUCCACCAUACAUUCAACUUUUCGCAUCCCCAAUCAACCACGUAUCUCACUACAAACGUAUCUUUUCACAUUAGUACACAUGUUGAAUUCGAAUGUACCACAAACUUUACCAACUAAAGUUCUUCACUACUACAACGUGAAUAUGUUGGCACAAAUCCUGCAACAAUAUCAAAAAAUCCUAACCGAUAAUAUGUCAAGCAACCAAAAUAUCGCACUACAACUGUAUUUUGAUUUGAAAUUUUUACAAACUAUAUUUGCCGUUACUAGAGAUGAAAAACAGUUGAAUGAUCAAUUCUCUGCUUUGCAAGGCACAUGCAAGAGCUUCAUUGAUCCAUUUGAUUUCGAAUUAUUUUCUGAACCUAUAUCAACUAAUGUCAAAAGAUCUAUAGCUCGGUACCAUUGUCAGUUUGGUGUGCUAACUCCACCUUUCCCAGCACACAUGGCUCCUAAAGGAACUGCGAAUCUGCAACAUGAGAAAGAUCCAAAUGUUUUGUGUUUAAGUUCAAUUGGCUCAUCAACUGCAUGGUUUCCCCUACUACCCAUUGUAACACCAGCAUCCGCCGAAUAUUCGGAGCGUAAAAGCGCUAUUGUGAACAGUGAAAAGAAUAUUUUCUUUGAUUUGUAGCUAAACCCGCGUAAGCUAAAUCUAUUUUGGGACCGAUAAGUAUAUUUCUUAACUUAAACUGAUUUUUAGCUUUGUUUUCUGUUAAAAUCUCCAUCCCAACGAAAUUGAAACUACUGAUUGCAUUUAAUAUAAAAAAAAAUUUACUACCAAAAUCCCUAAAUUCUGUAUUUGGCUACGUUUGCACCGAAUUGGUAUAAUAUCUUAUUUUGCCACUGAACUAAUGUUAAUUCUUGUUUGUUGGAGUUUCAUUUUGCUUGAAUUAAUUUUGCGAGUUUAAAUGCUUGGUACCUACCGUUAUCAGAUAUAAUGUUUGAUAUAGUACCAUUAACUAUGCAAACACAUAUUUUACGCAACCACUACUUCAUGCUUAUGUCUUUUUCUUCUUGAAUUACCUUCCCUUUCAGCCUGCUUCGACAGCGGCGCAUAAAGCGAGCUUGCUAACUUCAACUGUGACUAAUGCAGGAGGGAAAGUUAAGUUCGAUUCCAAAACUAAAUCAGGAGCUGCCUCUUUCUUUGGGGCGAUGUCACAAGAUUGGUUUCGCUAGUUAAGGGGGCUGUACUAACAACUCGGACAUCUCGUACGCUUUGAAGAACAUUUCUUAUUUAUAACAAUAGAGCAUUAUAAAUAAAUUUAAUCAAUAAGUUUA